GCAGCUUAUGGAAACAUCUCAAGGCGCGGCAGAGAAGAAGCAGAAGCAAAUUGAAGCCGACGAGAAUCCCUUCGAGCUAGUCCGACGUUUGAGCCAAGCAGCUGAUCAGCGCCGCUUCAGCGAUGUACAGAUUGCGGGCAAUGAUCCGCAGGUCAUUGAGCCCUUGAGAGCAGAGGCAAGGGAGCUGCACCGCGAGCUGGAGCGGUCCUCGACCAGAUUCCUUGAAGCUCAGAAGGCCCAAAUGGCCAUGGCCCACAAAGUGGCAGAUGCCAAGGCCCAGCUCUGCAGCGAAGCCGACAGGUGCGUGGACCUCCUCCAGGAGCUCAGCGAGCGGGAGACCGAGCAUCGGUCACUUUCCCGGGACCUUCAAGGCCUCAAAGAG